CUACAUGGGUUGUUGAACGGAAACUUCUGUUAUCUUUCCAGCUCGCUCUCUCUUCUUUAUCUGUCUAAAUUUGCACACAAAUUCACAAACCAUUGAUACAUGUUAUACAUAUAUAUACUAUAUACAUACAUUUAUAUGAUCAAGAAUAUAAAUUUACGGGUACAUACGUAUAUAGCCGUUGUAUUGCUUAGAGUAAAAGGAAAGUGAAAGCGAGAAAGUUAGAGAAAAUGCCGCCGGCGAGCAAUCCGCUGGUUUUGGUGGUAGUGGCGGUGGUGGUUUUAUCUGCUGCGGCGGUGUUUGGUAGCGGAGGGAAGAGUCUGACGUUGACUCUAGAAAGGGCGAGUCAUAACGGACUGGAGAUGAGCGAACUCAGGGACCGUGACCGACUAAGACAUGGUAGAAUCUUGCAGCAACAGCCUACGGGAGUGCUUGAUUUCCCGGUCGAAGGCACCUACGAUCCUUUUCUUGUUGGGCUAUAUUUUACAAGAGUUAAAUUGGGGACACCUCCAAAAGAAUUCUAUGUACAGAUUGAUACUGGAAGCGAUGUUUUGUGGGUCAGUUGCAAUUCCUGUAAUGGCUGCCCAACAUCCAGUGGACUCCAGCAGAUUCCGCUUGAGUUCUUUGAUCCUUCGAGCUCGUCAACAGCUUCACUGAUCUCAUGUUCAGAUCGAAGAUGUGCUUUGGGAGAACAAUCUUCUGAUUCAUUCUGUUCGAAUAAAAACCAGUGCGGUUAUACAUUCCAAUACGGUGAUGGCAGUGGGGCUUCGGGUUUUUAUUCAUCCGACUUGAUGUAUUUUGACACAAUUGUUGGGAAUUCGUUGGCCUCAAAUUCUUCUGCACGGAUUGUUUUUGGCUGUAGCACAUCACAGACAGGGGACCUUACCAAGUCGGAUAGGGCAGUCGAUGGUAUAUUUGGUUUUGGACAGCAGGGUUUCUCUGUCGUCUCACAACUUUCUUCACAGGGAAUCACCCCAAAUGUGUUCUCUCAUUGCUUAAAAGGAGAGAAUGGUGGUGGCGGCAUAUUAGUGCUCGGUCAGAUUGUGGAGCCAAAUAUUGUAUACACUCCACUUGUACCGUCACAGCCACAUUAUAACUUAAAUUUGCAGAGCAUUGCUGUUAAUGGGCAGAUAUUACCCAUUGAUCCAGCAGUGUUUCAAACGUCUAACAACCGAGGAACAAUAAUUGAUACUGGAACGACUUUGGCGUACCUUUCAGAAGAGGCUUAUGAUCCUUUUGUCAACGCUAUAACGCAGAUGGUUUCACAAUCCACACGCCCUCUUGUUUCCAAGGGAAUCCAGUGUUAUCUAACUACCUUCAGUGCCUCUGAGAUAUUUCCCCCAGUUAGUUUAAACUUUGCUGGUGGGGCAUCAAUGCUACUAAAGCCUGAAGAUUACCUCUUACAGCAGAACUCCAUUGGCGGUGCUGCAGUAUGGUGCAUCGGUUUUCAAAAAAUUCAGGGUCAAGGGAUUACUAUUUUAGGAGACCUGGUUCUGAAAGAUAAAAUUGUUGUAUAUGAUUUGGCUGAUCAACGGAUUGGAUGGGUCAAUUAUGAUUGUUCAUCUUCUGUAAAUGUCUCUGCAACCACUGGCAAUGGCAAAACCGAAUAUGUUAACACGGGACAAAUCGACAAUAGUUCGUCCCGUCUCAAUUACUACGAGCUGAUACCGACUGUUGUUCUAGCUUUCACGUUUUAUGUAUUGAGUUUUUGUCAUUUCUACAUUUUGUAACAUUUAAAGAAUGAAUUUUACAUUUCUUACAAUAGUUUCCGGUCCAAAAAAUGUUCGUAGCAGGAUGUCAUUUGUUGUAUACUAGAUUACAGUUUCUUUGCUUCUCUAAUUUGUUGAUUAUUGUAUAAUUACUCUCCCGGAACGGUAUUAAGCUUAGAUUUCAUACGGGAAUACAAAAUUUCCAUUUAUAGAGAGGUAAUUUAUUGUCCCCUUGAUUAA